UUUCUGAAAUCCGCAAGCUAUCCAAUUCAAAUUCAUCUACCAGAUAAAAUGGGAAGUGAUGGCAUGAAUUUUGACUCUGUGGAAGUAGCAAAGGAUCAUCACUUCAUUAACCAUACAUCUCAGAAAACCAACAAUGCCAAGAUCAUGAGGGAAUGGAGAAUCCUAGAAGGAAACCUCCCAGAUUCCAUCCAUGUCCAGCUCUACGAAACGAGGAUCGAUCUGCUUCGCGCAGUCAUCGUUGGCCCCGCUGGAACUCCAUACCAUGACGGCCUCUUCUUCUUCGACAUCUUCCUGCCAUCCGAUUACCCCAACGUUCCACCACAAGUGUAUUAUCACUCACACGGCUACCGUUUGAAUCCCAAUCUCUAUCAAACCGGCACUCUUUGCCUAAGCUUGAUCAACACAUGGAGUGGCACAAAACAAGAAAAGUGGACUAAUUCAUCCACCAUUCUCCAGCUCCUUGUCUCAAUCCAAGGCCUUGUGUUGAACUCAAGGCCUUAUUUCAACGAGCCUGUCUUCGCGCCAUUGAAAAACACGAAGAACUCUAUGUGGGUGAAGCGUUCCAAUCGCUACAACGAGAAUGCCUUCAUCCUCUCCUGCACCACUAUGCAAAAGAUCAUCAAACGCCCGCCACAGAAUUUUGAGAGCUUUGUGGUUGAGCAUUUUCGACAGCGUGCUGCCCCGUUGAUACAAGCCAUUGAUCGUUAUCAUCAAGGCCGUGUGGCAGUUGGCGAGUUAGGCAUGACAUCACCAUCCUCUUUAGCUUCUAAAGUUACUCUUUCUGCAAAUUUCAACAUCGAUUUGGAACGGAUUCGAGGCCAACUUGAGCAGGCCCUCGCCUCCCAUUCCAUUCCCAUUCCGGCCAAGCCUAUUGCUGCUGCUAAGUCUGAGAAGAAGGAUGAACACCGUAAAAAGGGGCUUCUCGGUCGAAUCAAUAGCUUUGUUCUCAACAAGAUUUGGAAAAAGAAACAAGUGAAGAGCAGUGCAAUAGAGAGAAAAUGAUACAAUGAUUU